AGGCGGUAUCGCCGGCAGAGGCGGGCGUCCCGGCGGCGUGGCCCGGCGUGCGUCCGCCCUCCGCCCCUCCCCGAUUGAUCGCGCGGCGCGCGGCGCGGAACGCUCGUGCGCCAGUCGGCUAUAAAAAAAUGGCCAGGCAAGAGCGCGUAGCGCGCGACUCGGCCCGCGCCCUCCGCUAGAGCCGCACACACGGGCAGGCCAUGUGUGUCCACAGGUAGUCGCGCCGUUUCCAUGGCGACGCGCUGUGUUGUCGCUCGGGGUGUGCAGCAGGCCCCCCGCCGGCCCGCGCGGAGCAGCGCCAGUGAGCAGUGAGAGUUCCACCCGCGGACGACGCGUCGCGCAACGGUGGAAGAAGCCACGCGGGGGCCCCGGGCCCCGCCGCUCGCGCAUGGGGCAGCAGCCGGUGUCACGUGACGAUCAGCGGCCGAACGACGACGACGACGUCUGAAAGCAAAGAGAGCGCGCCGUUAUAACCGUGUAACUCCCAUCCCCCCCCACCCGCCCCUUCCACGAUGAACUCCAAUGUGGUGUACGCGAGCAUGUGUCACAACGGCGACGGCGCCUCGGCGCCCUACGCUUCUUCGGCGCAGCACUACGACCUGGCGGCGCAGGUGUACUUCCCGGCGGCGCCGGCGGAGAGCGCGUACGGACCUCCCGCCGCCAUCUCGUUCCCGGGGGACCCGCGAACGCCGCCGCUGCACGGCGACCCUUCGUCGCUCGGCCACCACCCGCACCACCACCAGAUCAUCAACGACAACAACGGGCUCAGCUACACCAACCUGGACCAGCAAGCAGCCGCAGCUGCUGCGGCGGCGGCCGCCGCUGCCGCCGCUGGCUACCACCUGCACGGCGGGGCGCCCGCCGGCGCGCGCGGCGGCUACGGCUCGCCCGGCGGCGCCAGCCCGCGGCCCGCUCCCACCACGGCGACCACGGGCUUUCCGUACCGGGGCGCGGGCGGCCUGGAGUACGCGCACAUGGAGCCCGUUGCCGGAGUGCACCACGCCGCCACGCCGGGAGACCACAUGACGCCCGGCGAGCGGGCCGGCAUGCACCACGCUUCGGCCGGCUACCCAGCCAGUGCUUACCUCGACCCGCUGACGCUGACGACGCAGAGGCGCAACGGCUACGGCGGCGCCUACGACGGUUACGAGCAGGCGGUGCGGGACAGUUGCCAGCACAACGGGGCCGCGGCGGCGGCCGCAGCGGCCGCCGCUUACCAGGCGUCGUCGCACGCGCUGGUGGCGCGCACCGGACUGUCGCCCCCGAAGCCCGCGCCGGUGCCCACCUACAAAUGGAUGCAAGUCAAGCGCAACGUGCCCAAGCCGCUGCCCAAGCACGAGUACGGCGGCUUCGGCGCGGGCGGCGCCGGCGGUCCGUGCGGUCCCAACGGCACGGGCCGCACAAACUUCACCACCAAGCAGUUGACGGAGCUGGAGAAGGAGUUCCACUUCAACAAGUACCUGACGCGCGCGCGGCGCAUCGAGAUCGCCACGGCGCUGCAGCUGAACGAGACGCAGGUGAAGAUCUGGUUCCAGAACCGCCGCAUGAAGCAGAAGAAGCGCAUGAAAGAGGGCCUCAUCCCGCCCGAGUCCUCACCGCCGGACGGGGCCACGUCGGCCGGCACGCUCUCGCCGGGAAAGCUGUCGCCGCCGUCGCCCCAGCAGAAGGACAGCCAGUGAGCGCCCAGCGUGCGGCCAAAGCUGCCUGCAUGCGGCGAAAUACGUCAUGGGCCAGUGUCUAGACCCUUCUUCCACGAGCUGUGUCAGCCCACGGCCGCCACGCGUUAAACCCCCCACUGAAACCCGGGGCGCACCACCACCACCACCAUCGAUUCUCGCUCUCUCUCGUAUUCGCGGCCGUUCGACCAGGCCCCGUGCGUCACCCCGUGCGUCACCUGCUUGCUUCAUGGGCAUCUUGAGCACAACACAAGUGCCGCGUAGGUGCAACGCGGGUGUGCUGCAGGUGCAUCUACUGUGCAGUUUUGGUGUAGCUUUGGGGCAGCUCUGGUGUAGCUUUGGUGCAGUAAAGGCGUGCUGUUCUGGUGCUGCCCUCGUGCAGCUACAGAGCUGCGCCGGCGCUGCCACUGCUCUUCCACUUCCGGCGUGGAGAAUAUGAGUGAAACCGAAAUACAAAGAAAGGUCGAAAGUAAAGCGAAAAGAUUUAUGAAAUAUCGGCAAAUUUUAAAAACGCCGGCAAAAGUGGCGUCUCAGACGUCGGAAUCGCGUAUGGAAAUUCAGAUUCGUGUUCGAAGCGCUCAACUCGCCAAAAACGACAACCACUGAUCGCUUAUUUGGUUUUCUGUAGAAUUAAUUAGCAGCGUUUGUGGCGUUUGUUCCGAAAUCCCACGCCGAAAUUGAAGUGAGCAGAGAUACGUUACUUGCGAUGAGUGAAGUCGGUGCGACUAGCUUCCUAUCCUCUCUCUUUUUCGUUCACUGCCAUCGUACUAGUUGCACAGUGCGGGCAUGCACUCAUGUAUCGCAUGGGAAGCAGUAUGGUCCGUGUACGUUUAAUAAGUGAAGCGUUGCGUGUUAUAGGGUAAAUAUAUAGUCGCUUUAAGAACAGCCUAUUUUCACAGUGAUCUUAGUGGCUCCUAUAUCCGCUCUUCCCCCGAGCACUUGCUAAAUAUUCGAAUACAUGCGCUUAACACACCUAAAUCGAAUUACCUAUCCGUCACAAGUUUCGGCCAAAAACGAAGAAACCGUUUAUUCGUCGGUCAAGAAAAGACUGCAGCGCAUUGAAUUAGACAACAUGUUGUGAACGCUGUCUUUGUAACAUUGUAGCAUUUUUCACGCUAGUAGUAAUACGCUGUGUGACUUUUUUGAAUAAUCUAUCUGUCUCAACUUUUGAAAAAUCCAUCCGUCUCAAGCUUUGUUGCGUGUGGUAGGCCGCAGUGGCGCCACUAGGAACUCGAGUGACGUCUAUAGCAGAGAGAGCGCCAACGAGGGCGCUCAGGGGAAACCUUAGGUGUCAGAAAUGUAAGCAAGUACCGAAGAUGCAAAGUGGAGAAGGCAGGGAACAGUUCGCUCGUGUGGGGGGCGCCACAGUCCUAUAGAACGUGCCACGCCCGAGUUUCUUUCUACCGUUUUCUUCAUUUCAUCGCCGGACCAGUUUGAUUCUCGAAAGCCCCGCAUCCAAUCGUUCUUGACAGCCGUCGCUUGUGGGUGAAUCGCGUGGGUCGCAAGGCGAGGCGGGAGCCAAAGACGCGACGAGCGGCCGCUUUCCAACGCGCCUUCGCGAGGAUGUUGUAGGAAGCCUAAACUUAUGGGAGCAAAACAGUGCGAAAUAAAAAAAAGAAAGAGCUUGUCUCAGGGAUGUAUAUGCCCUCUUGACACAGAAUGCCAUUCGAUGGUAGUUUGUAGGCAAACUAUAGCGCUGCUUUCUUCAAGGGGAAGGCAGGGCCCGAAAGAUGUUCGAACUUCAUGCUGGGGUCUUCAACGUCGUUUAGAAGAGCGCUCGAGUGGUCAUGAUGAUAUUAAACGCACACCAGGAAAGCUUCAGCGCAGUGUUUCCGCGCACAUCACGUGCAUAUUUUUAAUUACGCGCAAAUGAGCAAAAAUAAACAACCUUGCAAAAAAAAAAAAAGAACGGGCAAGUUUGCAUGCAUUCGGUCGCGCAAAGCUUAGGCACAGUGAAACUUACUGGCUGCUACUGCUGGUAUUAACUUGGUUGCCUUCUAGGUCAUAACUUAGUUUAACUGAACUACGCAUGUAGGAAGGUAUUCUCGAGCGAUCAUUUUCAGAGGUACCUUCCCUUUCGCGACAUUUCGCGUGACUAGCGCUGGACGCGUCGGUGCCUACGAGCGACAGCGUUCCUGGCAGGCCACAGACGCAAGCAGGCUAACCAAGGUUGGCACAGUGCCAAGAACGCUGCUGCUUGCGGACGCCGAACGCGUUGGAGGAUAGCCGCUCGUUAUCAGUCGGCCAGCUUCGCUGUGUCUUGAGCUUUGCGCGGCCUAGUACAAGCUUUCGAUUUUUUUUUUCUCCUGGCUCAGCGUGCCGCGGAGAGAGGAGAGGCGGGGGUCGGGAUGGCAGGGAGCUGGCGAGGAGCAGACCGCGUGCUCCUCCGUGUUGCCAUGGCUACGGCGCGGCAGUUUCUUGGCACGCACCACAAAUUACGGCUGGCUUAAACAGGUUUGCUGUUAAUAAUUAGGAUUGCGCUGGUUCGUUCGAGAAAAUCACCUGUUCGUUCGCCCUUCAUUUGACAGAUUUGUCGCACUCUUUUCAUAUUCCGCACAUUUUUUCCAAUUUCAUUUUUCAUUUCUUUUUUUUUUCUUUUGUGGUGAAAGUGUCAGGCACAUUUCUGAAUUGUUCGGUCAUGUGGCAGUUCGAGUCACGAGAACUGAAAGCUUUCUCUUCGAUUUCUCCACAAUGGGAGUAGUGCUAACGGUUGAGUUUCCAUCGAUGGCCUCUCCACUUGGUGUAGCUGCCCGAAAGUCUCCAAGUGUCUAGAUAUCGGUUUACGCAUCUUCGAAACAUGAUUACCAGAGGUCGGCUUUUUUGUUACAUAAAUAUAUAAGAAUUUGAUUCCGGGGCCAAAACCACGACCUGAUUAUGAGGCACGCCGUAGUGGGUGACUCUGGAUUAAACUUGACCACAUGGGGUUUCUUAACGUGCAUAAAGCGCGGUACACGAACGUUUUUGCAUUCUUCCCCGUUCGAGAUGCAGUCGCCGCGGCCGGGGAUUGAACCCGGGUCCUCGGGCUCAGUAGCGCAACUUCACACUACCCGAGCUACCGCGCCGAGUGCAUUAAUAUAUGGCAAGAGAGAGAGAAUAAGGGUGGGAGAAGGUACUAGCGUGGUGGUGCGCCCUUCCGCGAAGGCCGUCUGCACAGCGUCCUAACAGCAGCAGCUAGCGCGCCUUCAAGGGAAAAAAAAAACAACACAAGAAGGCAUACAAGCCCGAAGACAGAGACGCUCGUCCGAGUGACCACAUUUUUUUUUUCUUCUUCGCUCAUCAAAGUGCAAUGUCCCUUCUCCGUCGCUCUCAGCUCGAAGUUGGGGAAGAUGAUUACAAACUGCCCGCUGCACUCCGCUCAUUUUCCCCUCACCACUCGUGCAUCCCCCUCCCCCACCCCCUCAACCCCAGCAACCUUAACGGACAGUGAGUGUGAACAGCCGGCUACGGAACACCGACAGAGGACACGACGAACGCCGAACUGCUUUGUCCCUAGCGUGUCAGUGUGUCCGAAGGACCUCCGACGACAAAAGAAAGAGAGCGCGCGCACACACGCAUGGACUCUCCCAGUGAUGAAAAAUAAGCGUGUGCGCAUACUGUGAUCCAUUCGAACAUUCUUACUGUUUUUUUUUUGUUUUUUUUUUGUUUUUUUGUGCUUGCACGCAUGCAAUUCUGGCUGCGUCUUUCUUUCUCUGAUGCCACUUGUAUGUAUGUGUUUUCUGCUGAUUGUCUUUUUCUGCCGGGACCAUCUUGUUCUUUCUUUUCUUUCUCUCUCUCGCUGCACAUGGCCCGGCCGCCGUUAUUCAGGAAGUGAAGUGCUGCUCUUUUAUUUUCCCCGCCCCCGGGAGGACGAACCCUUGUACAUUGCGUCAUAUUUUCUUUUUGUGACAUACCGUUGUUCUUAUUGUUUUAUUUUCGCUCUCUGUCUACUUUAUUUUUCUCUCGUGCACAUCGGGGACAGAACCAGUGUCUUCUAUACAGUGUCUAUUCUAUACUAUACAACGUGGCGGCGUUUUGGCGUCGUCGUUUCCAACAGGGUAUCUACAUUGAACGCGCGACGGUCGCCCGCGAAGUAGCCGCGGAUGUGAACAUACGCAACACACGCGGGUGGUAUUCAUGGCGUGAGUUCUUCUUGCCGGGUCUCGGGACUUUUUCUCUGAGCUGUGACAUUUUGUCUCCGAUCACAAGCGACUCAGUUAUUCCAGACAGCGUGACAUCGGCGACCGUGUGCUAUACUGUUGUAAGUCACAAACCUUAUACUUAUACUAGCGACACCUGGUGGUGACGCGUGCAACGACAGCAGUCCUCCUCGAGCUAUUGUUUCGGAGUGCUACAUCUUUCGUCAGCUAAUUCUGAUCACAAAAGAAAAAUAGCGUCGUUCUUUCCUUCGUUUUCCUUUAAUAAGCGCGUAGGAAAUACUAAGCAACAAAAAACGUGCCCUUAUUGCAAAUGAAACCGAGGAGUCUGCUCACCACCGAUAUUGUUCUAGCGCAUGGAGUGAAUGUAGAUUGGCUAUAUGGAUGAAAGAUGGAAACGUAUAUGCUCAUAUAGUCUCUUAUAAAAUGGCGGCGUUAUCGUGUGCCUCAAGUCCUUUCUUUUGCUGAUCGUUGAGCACGCAGCAAUUGGGGUUGGGUGAUAACUGUGUUACACAACAAAACGUGAAGGACCAGGCAGGCUGUCGUUGUACGGGCAACGCCCCGUCAUCUGUUCUCUCUUCGAACAUCCGCUGUAAUAAUAGGCAGCUAUGUGACAGUUGAUCUACACUUGAUUAUAUUUAUUAGAGUUUUUAGCUGCAUUAAGUGUGCGAAUCUUAUAUUUUCGGAGCUACUUUAUACUAUAUCCACACCACUGUGUUUGCGAUUGGUGCCCAAGGUCAGUUCAACGCAAACCAUAACCUUAAAAUAGGGUGUCGCUACUUCGAACAGAAAGGGACACGCCGUGGCAUUUCCGAUUGCAAUGUGCGAGGACCAGGGUGAACAUUUUGGCUUUUCUGAGGGAAUGGCGGAAAUGGUAAUGGUCGUUCACUGACAAGCACUGUACGUCGCCAUCACUACGGUCGUCAAGACUGUAGCCAUUGAUAAGAAAGAAACAUGUGGCUUGUGCCGAGAAAGCUUUUAUUGCUCACUCGAUUAACAUGCCUAUACAGUUCAGUUCUUGUUUUCGUGUGAGGAAAUGAGCGCACUGACUGCGUCUUACUUAAUUGCAUAGAUGUCUUAAUAAUGGAAAAGUUUAUGAGGCUAGCUGUUGAGACCUGCUUUAUUUGCACUAACUGGGCUAUCUGAGCGGAUAAUUAAACAUUGGCACAUAGUCGAGAGCUUUAUUUGGACGUCAUUGAAGCUGAAGCCUUCGAAGAUACAUUUCUUCUCGGCAGUCGAAAUUUGAAGUUACAGCUUGUAACGAUUUCCUCGUCGUUUAAAAGCACUGCUCGAUAUAACAUAGUAGUUAAUGAUGCUCUAUAAUGCAGAUAAUGAGGGUUCCACUAUAGUUAGAGCGAUUUACAUGCUUAGCCAUUGUCCAAUUCUAUGAUGUUGUCGAAUUGCGUCAUCCAGCAUUUUCUGAUUGGCUCCAAAGUGGGCCCCCUUUUUCUGAUUGGCUCAAUUGAGAAGGCAUGACGAAAUUAGGUUAACGGCAGCUAUCUUGGUCGACGAAGCGCCAAGCUUUGUUUAAACACAUUUCGCUUUUCAGGACUCGCAUUCUGCCAAUAGAGAUGUAAAUUUUCACCCAAUCGAUUGCAUCGCAGCUAUACAGUCACCGAAAUCUAUUCUCGACACAGUGUGACAGUUGCUCAAAAAUUGUGCUUACAAACCUUCACAAUGCAGGCACGUGUCUCAUUUCUGGAACUGAGAAUGCGGGCUAACAAAAACAAAAUAGGCAACAUGUAAACAAAAUAGACAACGUGCAAACGCUGUGAGUGAGCGACAUGUUCGGUCCAGACAGUGCUCCGAAAAUUUCGACAGCUCUCCAACAUACAUGCGGCCGUUUUUUCGGCAAUUCACUUUCUAACGACACCAAUACAUCAGCUAUAUAGAGCCAUUGGACUCGUAUUGUAAGAAUUGCUACGUCAAUGAGCUCGAGUGCAUUCGGGACUGCAGAUGCUUUCAAAGGUUGAGAACGCCUGCCUCCUUAACAAUGCACGCACGAACGCGUAUAACGGUAAUGAAUUCGCUCGGUCUGAUACGCGCCCGAACGAUGAGUCGUUGCUUCUACGAGUACACACCUUGACAGACGUCUUUCCCGAGUGUGUUUUUGACUGCUCAGUGUAAAUAAGAGGCCGUUCAACGCGAUCGCCCGAAUCGCGCGGGCUCAAGCCUCCGAUCGCGCGCGCAUGCGCGCUACGGGAAGAGCGAACUUCGACAAUAGCGCACGCUGCAGUACGCAUGCGCAAACCGCUGGAUGUACAGGGAAACGCGGCAAAACCAAUCGGAGAAAUCAGGGUCGUGGAGCAUCGCAGAGACUGUUUUUUUUU